AUGCUGUCUCACGCCGACCUCCUGGACGCCAGGCUAGGUAUGAAAGAUGCCGCCGAGCUUCUGGGCCACCGGGAGGCGGUGAAGUGUAGGCUGGGCGUAGGUGGCUCUGACCCCGGGGGCCACCCGGGAGACCUAGCGCCCAGCUCCGACCCAGUCGAGGGAGCCACCCUGCUGCCCGGGGAGGACAUCACCACAGUGGGCUCUACGCCGGCCUCGCUGGCGGUGAGCGCAAAGGACCCGGACAAGCAGCCGGGGCCCCAGGGCGGCCCGAACCCCAGCCAAGCCGGUCAGCAGCAGGGCCAACAGAAGCAGAAGCGCCAUCGGACGCGCUUCACCCCCGCCCAGCUCAACGAGCUGGAGAGGAGCUUCGCCAAGACUCACUACCCCGACAUCUUCAUGCGCGAGGAGCUGGCCCUUCGUAUCGGGCUGACCGAGUCCCGAGUGCAGGUCUGGUUCCAGAACCGGCGCGCUAAGUGGAAGAAGCGCAAGAAGACCACCAACGUGUUCCGCGCGCCGGGCACGCUGCUGCCCACGCCAGGCCUGCCCCAGUUCCCGUCGGCUGCCGCCGCCGCCGCCGCCGCCAUGGGCGACAGCCUGUGCUCUUUCCAUGCCAACGACACCCGCUGGGCGGCGGCCGCCAUGCCGGGCGUGUCGCAGCUGCCGCUGCCGCCGGCGCUGGGCCGGCAGCAAGCCAUGGCGCAGUCGCUGUCCCAGUGCAGCCUGGCGGCCGGGCCGCCGCCCAACUCCAUGGGCCUGUCCAACAGCUUGGCGGGCUCCAACGGCGCGGGGCUGCAGUCCCACCUCUACCAGCCCGCCUUCCCCGGCAUGGUGCCCGCCUCCCUCCCCGGCCCCAGCAAUGUCUCCGGCUCGCCCCAGCUCUGCAGCUCCCCGGACAGCAGCGACGUGUGGCGGGGCACGAGCAUCGCCUCCCUCCGCCGCAAGGCGCUAGAGCACACAGUCUCCAUGAGCUUCACUUAA